AUGAACGGCGACCUGAGCCUGUCCCAGUCGCUGGGCGGCCUGCGCAUUGCCAAUCCGGACGACGAGCCUCUGCAAUCCCCCACCUCGCCCACCGUCCCCAACGCCCGCCCGCCGCCGCCCUCGUCGCAUUCAUCCGAGAGCACCGUCACCGAGUCCCAUCGCCCGAACCUCCUGCCCAAUCUCUCCCACGAGAGCGACGGUCUCGAAUCCGGCCUAGGCUUCAACCCCGACAGUUACGACCUGCAGUCUUCCUCGUACGACCUUCCGCAACCCUCGACGUCACCCAGCACACAGCAGAGCGACACCGCCCAGCAUCGCUUGAGCCAUCGAUCCAGUAUGCCAUUGACCCAUCAGGCCCAGCAAACCGGCCAGUAUCCGAGCCAUUCCUCCUCCAACUACAACCUACCCUUCCGUAAUCCCAGCGUACAAGGUGCAUCAUCACGGCCGAUAAGCGGCAUGUAUAGUCAGAUGAACAACUCUUCCAGCUCCGGCGUGUCGGGUGUUUCGAACCCAGGAUCAUACAGAUAUAGGGAAGACGUGGCCACGGCUGAUGGCAGCUUAGGAGGUCUUGCCAGAAGUGGGUCACGGUCAGCAAGACAGGUUAUGGGGUCUGUGCCCCAGAGGGAUGCAAGCAGAAAUUAUAGGCAACCGUCAACAGCGAUAAGCAGCGGAAAUGGCAACGGACCACUACCGCCGCGAAGGAAUUCCAAACGAGGAAGAGCGACUACUGCAGGCUCAGCAUCGACGGGAGGAUACGAUGGAGGAGAUCAGGCAUAUGCAGGAAAUGCCCCCACACCACGCACGGCAGAAGAGUGGAGGGAACGAGGAGCGGCUGUUGGAACACAGAGAGAGGUCGAUGCAUCUGGUCAGACGACUGUGCGGCCGAUCAAGAAGGGGGUGAAGGACUUCAACUUUGGGCGAACGCUUGGAGAAGGUUCAUAUUCGACUGUCCUGGCCGCUACCGACAGGCAGAAUCUGAAGGAGUACGCCAUAAAGGUCUUGGAUAAACGGCAUAUCAUCAAGGAGAAGAAGGUGAAAUAUGUCAACAUUGAGCGUGACACCUUGAACCGCCUGACUGAGCACCCUGGCAUCGUGCGGCUAUACUACACCUUCCAGGAUGAGCGCUCGUUAUAUUUUGUCUUGGAUCUGGCGUCAGGAGGCGAGCUUCUGGGGGUGUUGAAGAAGCUGGGAUCCUUUGACAUUGAAUGCACACGAUUUUACGGCGCCGAGAUAUUGGAUAGCGUGGCAUACAUGCACAGUCGAGGCGUGAUCCACCGUGAUCUGAAGCCAGAGAACGUGCUACUCGACUCGAACAUGCAUGUCAAGAUCACCGACUUUGGCACCGCAAAGAUACUACCGGACCCUAGACCAAACGGUCGAAAUGUCGUUGGAGAGCCUUCAGGGGACCCAACAGAUGGCGCCGAGACGGACCGAGCAGUGUCCUUUGUGGGAACUGCAGAAUACGUCAGUCCAGAACUUCUCCGCGAUAAGAACGCCUGCAAAGCAUCCGACCUGUGGGCAUUUGGAUGCAUAGUCUAUCAACUCUUGGCAGGACGACCUCCUUUCAAGGCACCCAACGAGUAUCUGACCUUUCAGAAGAUUUUGGCGCUCGACUACUCGUUCCCAGACGGGUUCCCUGAAGAUGCUCGUGAUUUGGUGGAGAGACUACUGGUACUUGAGCCAUCGAACAGGCUGCCCGUGGAGCACAUCAAGAGCCACAGGUUCUUCGAUGGCAUGCAGUGGGGCAAGUCGCUCUGGAGGCAGAAGGCACCGAGGUUAAACCCAUACGUAGCACCUGUCGGCCAGCGUCCGCCUAUUCGAUUGAAUGGCCCGAGCAAGAACAAUGGCAGCAGCAACAACGUGAUGGCAAAUCAAGGAGCAGCUGCAGCCAUGUCGAAUGCCGUAGCAUCUGCGGCGCAACCGCCAACGCAACCUCAACCUCAGCCUCAGCCUUCAACACGAAGACCACAGCUGCAGAAUGUAACAGAGCUUCCACCGCCGAGUCAGCUGGACAUUGAGUGGUCACCGGUCCUUACGCACAACAACGAAAGAAUACUGAAGCUCGGCAACCUGAUUGUAACGACUUCACCUCAGGCGUCAAGCCCCAAUGGCAAGAACGGCGAGCCGCAGACGCCUUCGGAAAAGCCCAAGUUCUCACGCUUCUUCACGAGCAACACCACCAAAAAGCGGGAAAGACUGGUUUUGAUCACAUCAAGCGCGAGGCUUGUGGUUGCUGCAGCUGGUGGAAAUGAGAAGAAGUCGAAGCUGGAAAUCAAUCUGACUGCACACGGAUCAACAUGCAAAAGCUGUGUCGAUGCGAAAGGACUGACAUACUGGUCGAUCGAUACUCGAGACAAGCAUUACACAUUCGAAGAUCCGCGAGCCACAACAUCUGACCCCGCUGGCAGCAAGUACAGCACACAAGAGUGGCUUGAUGCCGUGGAGCAAGCACGAGAGUUCGCUCUGGCCACAUCGAUGAGCAACAGCUACUCGGGCGACUCGAUGCUGAACGAUCUCAACACGUCAGCGAUGAGCAGCCCAGCCGACUCCCUAGGCGGUGACGCCGCCAUGCCGAUGAGCGGCCCCAGCACCAGCGAGCGAUCCCACAACCUCCGCCACACUUUACGCAAGAACCCGGCGGACGAUGAAAGCAGCCUCAAGGGCCGAAAGCGCUUCAGCAAGAGACACAGUCGUAGCGGAUUAGCUGCAGUGUUCUAG